AUUUUUAAGCUUCAAUUUCAAUCGGAACACAAAAUUUUUUAUUAUAUUUACACUAUUCUCCACAAAAAUCACCAUUCAAAUUCGAUGUAAAAAUCUAUGGAAAUUUUCUGCGCUUCACCGGAUUUCAGCAUAUGCUGUACUCUUCACACGCACAAAUCACCGUAUGUUCCGUCUCAUUCAAUUUUUAAUUCUCACAUAAACACAAAGCGCACCAAUGUGCAUUUCACUUCUGAACGCGUUGAGAACAUUACGGAAACUGAAACGGCGAAGUGAAAAAUCAGCCAGCGAACCAUCCAUUUUGCGUUUCGUCCGCUACUUUGUCAGCCAUCUUUAUGUAGAGUUGCAUGGAUUGAAAUUUGAUGGACUUGGGUUAUCCACUUAUCUUAUAAGGAAGUUGCAAAAGAAAGGUAUUUCCACCAGAUAUGAAUUGCUCAUUACAAGUAAUGCGGAAUUAAUGGAAAUUACGGGUCUUACGGAAGCCGCCAUAUUGGAGUUAAAAGAAAAACUUGGAAAUGACUACUUCCACCUUCAGCAAAAUAAUUUGAAUAAUUGGAAAGCGUAUACCAAAAUUUAUAACACCGGUAUUGAAAAGUUAGAUAUUGUGUUGGCUAAAACACCGUUGAAAACUGGCAGUGUAUGGGAAAUAUGCGGCAAGUCAGGCGUUGGCAAAACUCAAUUGUGCCAUACAAUUGCUUUCAAUUUCGCGGUACAACCUCAAGGCACAGUCUUAUAUAUAGAUACAAAAUGCGACUUCUCUGGUACGCGCAUCAUGGAAAUGCUACGCUGCCGUCAUGUGGCAAAUAAUAUUUGCGGACGUAUAAUGCAAGAUAUUUUAGUUGAGCGCACAGGCACUGCCGAAGGUUUGUGCGCCAUAUUGAAAAAGCUUGAUUUGCAAUUGAAUGCUGGUGCUGAUGCUGACGGCGGUAAAAUAAAAUUGGUUAUCAUCGAUGCAUUACCGGCUGUAUUUUUUACAUAUCGCAGCGAAGCGGAUUGUCUUAAAGGAAAAUAUUUGCUGGCAAAACUAAACAAUUUAGUUUACCAAUUAUCUAAAGAGCACCACAUUGCUUUCAUAUACGUUAAUUUGUUAGUCAACAUUGAGGAAGAGCAACAAAUAAAUGAAGAUUUAGGUAAUGAAGAAAUGAGCGAACCAUUUGAAAUGAUAGUCGCGCCACUAAAUCCAGCUGGCUGUGUAGGCAUGCGUCCAGCUCUGGGUGAAUAUUGGAAUCGCGCACCGCACUUACGCUUAUCAUUGGAAACGCCAAUAGACAACAGCUCAAUAACAAAUGAACGCAUAUUGAGAGUAACUCGGAGUUGCUACACAGCCGUAGGCGCUACUUGCAAUCUACAUAUCACAACAGCGGGUGUUUCUUAAUUUAAAAUUAAUUUAUUGUAAGGAAGCAAAAGUAAGUUUUUUUUUUGGAUUAGCAACACACAUGUAUUUCCAAAAUCUUUUAAGACUACCCGUCUGUAAGAAUGCUGAAAUAUAACGUCUACCAGAAAUUAAGAUUGCUAUCUAAGAGAUUGAGAUAAGAACUACAGUAUUCACCAUAAAAACAACAAUUUGUUGCAUAUCAGAAGACCAGUUUGUGGUUCAAGUGCUGUAAAUUAAACAUAAAAAUGCUACUAAAAAUUAAAGUAAAUCAUUCCUAAGGCUUCUUGGGUUUCGGUUUCAUACGUCGUACUCUUCGAGGUUUUAUGUGUGCUAGUAGGCGAUUUCUAAUAUGCAUCUCCUAACACACAAUUGCGGUCACAGCCACAGCUGUUGACAUAUAAAAGUAUCCCGAAAUUAUUUGUUGUAGUGUUGUUUGAGACAAAGUGUGGCUUGAACUUUAUAGUUGCAAAAGUAGUGUUAUACACAUUCUUCAAUUAUCAUGUGCAAAUAAUGAUUUCGUCUUAUGCUUGGUGUUCGCUGCACAGUGUUAUUCAGUGUAUUCUAAUCUUUCGCGGCGGCAAGUUAUGCGCUUAAUAGUAGCACUCUCUUAUUUGAUUUAGUAACGGUAGAACAGUUAGUUAGCAUUUCAAAAUAAUAGUGCUUUCAACUUGGUAAUAUUUUUUGUUUGAAGUGUAAGCCAAAAUGUCGCAUGCUAUACCGCAAUUAAUGGAAAAUGGAAACGUUUUACAAUCAUGCGCGGUACUUAAAGUUGCUAUUAUUGGCGGUGGUUUGGUCGGCUCAUUAGCCGCACUCAGUUUCGCACGACGCGGUCACGAGGUACAUUUAUAUGAAUAUCGUGAGGAUAUACGCACCGCGGAGCUGGUACAAGGUCGCAGCAUUAACUUAGCGUUGUCGCAACGUGGCCGUAAAUCACUAGCCGAGGUAGGGCUGGAGCAGGAGGUGCUCGAAACAGCGAUACCCAUGCGUGGACGCAUGUUGCACGAUAUCAAAGGCAAUUGUACGGUGGUACUGUAUGAUCCCUGUACAAAUCAGUGUCUCUACUCGGUGGGGCGAAAGUAUUUAAACGAAGUGCUAUUGAAUGCGGGUGAAAAAUUUCCCAAUAUUCAACAACAUUUUGAACAUAAGCUGCACUAUGUGAAUUUGACGGAGGGUCGCAUGGAAUUCAAGCGCGCAUCCACAAAAGAAAUAGUAGAAGCCUCCGCCGAUUUGGUUAUAGGCUGUGAUGGCGCCUUCAGCACAAUCCGUCAACAAAUGGUCAAAGCACCUGGCGUCAAUUAUUCGCAAGAGUACAUCGAACAUGGUUAUUUAGAGCUUUGCAUACCAGCGAAGAAUGGCGAGUUCCAAAUGCCUGAGAAUUACUUGCAUAUCUGGCCACGUGAUGCUUUCAUGAUGAUUGCACUGCCCAAUCAAGAUAAAUCUUUUACAGUUACGCUAUCGAUGCCAUUCAAGGUGUUCGACACCAUACGCACCACUGAAGAAUUAUUAAGUUUCUUCCAAAAAUACUACGCUGAUGCAGUGCCACUGAUUGGCGAGGAGCAACUGGUUAAGGAUUUCUUUAAAAUGCGACCACAACAUUUGGUUUCGGUGAAGUGUCAUCCCUACCAUUAUGGCGCCAAGGCGCUCAUUCUCGGCGACGCUGCACACGCUAUGGUGCCCUACUAUGGCCAAGGUCUAAAUGCCGGCAUGGAAGAUUGCACUUUGCUUAUGUCGCUCUUCAAUCAGCCUAAUCUAAGUACCGCCGAAAUAUUGGAGCAAUUUACCGAGUUGCGUUGGCGCGAUGCGCAUGCCAUUUGCGACCUGGCCAUGUACAAUUAUGUCGAGAUGCGUGAUCUUACGAAACGCAUUAGCUUUCGCUGCCGCAAAUGGCUUGACACACAGCUAUUCCGUUUGUUCCCCAGCGUUUGGGUGCCGCUCUACAACAGCGUCUCCUUUACUAGCAUGCCGUACAGCAAGUGUAUUGCUAAUCGCAAAUGGCAGGAUAAGCUACUGAGUAAUGUGUUCAUUUCUGCGUCGUUGGCGCUUGUGUCUAUAAGCAUUUCAACAUAUUUUGGCGUUUUUUAAAUCAGUUACUUUUAAUUCAUGCAGUUUCUAGUUAUUAUAUAAGAAUUACAUGCUGCUUCCUAACAUUCGAAGGUAUUAGUUGCUUUGUUUUUAUUUUGUCUUACGUAGAGUUUGUAGAAAAUAGUGCAUGUGUGGCUUGCUGUGUAGUUUAUUGACAUUUACAAUAACAUAUUUAACAUACAAAUCCAAGUCAAAUUUCAUGAAGAAAUCUUGCCAAAUAAAAAAGUUUUCGAUACAAGAA